UGCCAUUACGUACAUAUGCACUUAUUUGUGCGUCCUCGUGUUAUUGCAAUUACCUCUACACAUACUUUAAUUGGGGGAAGGCCGGAAAAAUGGAAUCACAACCAAUCACGAAUGCGAAAUGUGAAAAGUGAACAGUGCUUCGAUUUGCAUGCCGGGAAUGCAGCGCAGUGUAAUAUGGCGGCUGACACGGGUAUGGAUACGUGUCCAUCCCCAGAAAUACCAGAUUCAAGGAAAAGGCCGCUCGAUGGUGAUGUUGAAAAUGGGGUUACGAAGAAAUCGCACUAUGCCGGAGGUGGGGACGGCACUUACCAUUUCAAACUACUGGUACCAAGCACUGCUGCUGGAGCUAUCAUAGGAAAGGGUGGAGAGACAAUAGCUCAGCUGCAGAAGGACACGGGUGCGAGAGUUAAAAUGUCGAAGGCCAAUGACUUUUACCCAGCCACAACAGAAAGAAUUUGCCUGAUAACAGGUACUGUGGAUGCCAUUAUGCUUGUUCUCAUCUUCAUCAUGGAAAAAAUCAGGGAGAAACCAGAUCUGAAUGCUAAACAGGCUAUAGAUUUUGACAGUAAAACAGCUGCUGAGCGUGACAAGCAGGUAAAUUUUCAGGUAGUUAAAAUACUGGUACCAAACAGCACUGCUGGCAUGAUUAUUGGCAAGGGUGGGAAUUACAUUAAGCAAAUUAAAGAGGAGAGUGGUUCAUACGUCCAGAUUUCUCAAAAAGCAAAAGAUCAGACUCUUCAGGAGAGAUGCAUAACUGUCAUUGGUGACAUGGAAAGCAAUAAGACUGCUUGCAGAAUGAUUUUGGUAAAAAUUGUUGAAGACCCUCAAAGUGGUAGUUGCCUUAAUGUAAGUUAUGCAGAUGUUUCUGGCCCUGUUGCUAAUUAUAAUCCAACAGGCUCUCCAUAUGCUAAUAGUGGACAGCAUACACCUAUGCAUUCUGGUACAUUCAGCUCAACUGCCAGUCUGAAUACUACAGUUGGAGGCAUGCUACUAAACGGACUAAACCUAAGCUUGAAUUUAGGAUCACCAACAGCAGGUACAUCAUUGACAACACAGUUACUGGAACACAUCCAAGUCGUGUUACGUGGAAGUGGCUUUUCGGAACAAGCGACAGGAGAAAUAACAGCUGCAAUGAGCACGCUGGCUCGCUAUGGAAUCCUCGGCAUGGGCCUCGGUCUGGCAGGUGCAGGGACAGCAGCUGGGGGCAGUGGUCCAGCUGGCUACUUAGGAGCAGAUGCACCUGCGUCAGCAGCAAAUGGUGGUGGCGCCUUUGGGCCCAUCGGCACGGUGUCAGCAAUUGGCAGCCCCAGUCCCACACCACGCUCCACUGACCGUUUUGGUUGCCCAAGUGAUGGCUACGAUCCUUUCAGGCGACAAGCGAGCUCUCCAGGUGUGGCCUCACCUGCAUCUCUCAACAGCAAUUCGUUUGGGUUAGGCACAGGUGGUGCAGUCUCACCACUGCUAAAGGGAGCGGGUGUAGAUCUCAAGGCAGAUCACAAGAAGGUCGAUGUGGAAAUAAGUGAAAGCAUUGUAGGUGCAAUACUGGGCCCUGGUGGCCGUGCGCUUGUUGAAAUCCAACAUCUGUCGGGAGCAAGCAUACAAAUAUCAAAGAAAGGAACAUUCGCUCCUGGUACUAGGAACCGUAUUGUGACAAUAUCCGGAACACCAAAUGCCAUUACCAAUGCCCGUUACCUCAUAGAGCAAAGAGUAAGUGAGGAGGAAGCCAAACGGGCUAGGCAUGGAUCUCUAGGUCCUAUUCUGCAGUAACAUUGGCAAGGAUAGCUUUGAAUUUAAAACACAAAGUUGAGCUAUUACUUAAUUUCCUUCAAGGCGGUUGCUGGCACCGUCAUUUUGGCAGAAUAGGCAGCAAGCAAAACACUUGCAGAAAAUUGUCAGUUGUUCCAUAAUUACAUGACAUAUGUUGGUAAAUUUGUUACACAUUAAUUUCAUGUGCAUUCUUCAUUGUAAUGUAUUGUAAAUAUAUGUAUUCAGAUGUAUCACAUCACCCCAUUUGUGAUUAUGUAGCUAGCUGCCUUUUUUUCUUACAUGCAAUCCUGUCACAAUAAUUAAUGUACUUUGUGGCAAAUGAUUUCUUUCAAAUGUUCUCGGGUUGUAGUCUGUUGUAAGUAAUUGGGCAGUCUAUUUUGACAUGACAUUCGUUAACUUUAAACAUAGAAAUAUUUUUACCUGCUCAUAAUUAACGCUUCCCAUUUUUUCCACUCAUGAGCAUUUGUUGUACAUUCAAUGUCACAUCAUUGCAUCACUGUUACAGGUUAUACAAUAAAGUUUAACUCAUGAGAGAGAUCUGUUAAGGGAUGAAUGUGUGGAGUUUUGUGGAGUGUGUUCAGUGGAUGAAGUGUUUGCGGAAAGUUGCCUUGUAUGGGUAGCACACUGAUAAUCUUUGUUCUGUGAUAAAUAUAUUUCAGUGUUAUAUGAACAUUCUGCACCCUUGUUGACAACAAUCCUUUGAUAAAGUGUUUGUGUUAGCUGCAUUGAUGUAGUAUUUGUGUAGGUAGUUUCCACAAGGGAUUAUGGUUCUGUUUUCUCUGUGCUUAAUAGCAUGUCGUGUUUUCUCAUAACAUUAAUCAUGGUGUUGGGAAAUGAGUGGAACUCGCAUCCUUGUUGUGAGUUAUGACGUCCAUAUGCAUUUUUCAAGUUGUAGUGUUUUAUCAUUAUCAGAUUCAUUGGUGAAAUGUGAUAACUACUGUAUAGAUGAGUAUCUUCAAUGUCAAGUUACCAUUAUAUUUUUAUUGUCAGUACCUUUCAUUAUUAUUACCAUUAAGCUAUAGAUAGUGUACAGGAGAACAACUUGCCCUACUGACACAAAGAUCAUGACUGUUUGGCAGUAAUUUUAGUUGGUGGAAAUUUUCCAGAAAGGUUUCUCUAAAAUUAUACACUAUUUAUGUAUGUUGUACAGUGCUUCUUGGAAGCAAGAAAUUGUGAGAAAAUUAAUAUGUGAGCAAGAAAUCUCUUGUUGAUCUUUGUUUUUCCAUUUUUAUAAAUUCUAAUAUGUUCCUAAGAGUUAUUUAAAAUUUUCGUUCUAGAUGUCUUGAUUUUUUUUUUUUAUUUUAUUUGAAAAUAGAUGUAUUUGAGGACCUAAGAUAUCAUUAACUGUUCAUUAAAUUGUUUUAAGUAAGUGAACUAUGGAUGAUAUAAUUUUUCUGACUCAUUAUGGUGCAUACAACAAUUAGAAACUCUGUUUUCUAUUUGGGGGGGGGGGGGGGGGGGAGGAGAUUAGACUUUGGUGCCAUACAUGGAGGCCUGGGUAUUUUGGCUACGCAGUAAUAAAAGCCAAAAUGAUUGCUAUGUUAUGUAUGUGUGUAUAUAUUUUUACUAUGUAAUACCAUUUUACAUAGUCAUUCAUUUGUCAAUUCCAUUAUAUUUAUUAUCUGUUCUUGCAUAAUACAGAGUGACGUACUUCCAUUUUCUGGAACUUCAAGUACUUGAUUGUUUUGUUACUUUGGACAUGUCUUGUUAAGUAGACUGAAUUGUUCAGUUCUCCAGUAAUUCACAUUUCCCUAAUUGAUACAAAUUGUUGAAAUAUUUUGGAAAAUCUUAUAUUUGUAAAAAGGAUGGCAUGUUUGAAGAUGUUUAUAGAAAGAAAACUCAUUUUCAUGUGUAAAUCAUUGGUUCAUUAAAAAUAAAUUUCAUGACAGCAUUA